UUGUUUACAAUCCUCUUGCACUUGGCUUCGACUUGGACUUUAUUGGACUUUAUCACCCAAAAUGGUAGAUUUCAAGCACGUCUACCGCCAGUACGAACUGAUAACAUGCAUAAACAUGCUGGAGCCCUGGGAGCGUAAGCUGAUCAAUGGAUUCUUCCUGGUCAUGCUGACCCUGGUGAUAUUCUCCAGCUUUAUGUAUCUGCCAAACUAUCUGGAGACCCUGGUGCACUUUGUGACGCCGCCCCAGUGGCACAGCUCCACGGAGAAUGUGGCCCAGAAGAUGGCCCGAAGCUGAGCUUCCACAGCACAUAUGUAUGUAUGUACUCCCCCAGGAGGCAGGAAAGACAACUAUGAUUUAAAGUUAGCAAUAUAAUAAUGUGAUUUACUUCGACUGGUCCAAGAUCUGUAAAUAUUUAACCGUGCCAACAAAGAUUCGCUUGACCCAA